AAACUAAUCGAUCAAAUGGAACACGUAAUUUUGUCUUAAUUUUCCAACUAAACCAAUUUUCAUGUAAUAGCAACAGGAUACAUUAACGUAAUGUAUUCUAAUAAAUUCCCUGGAAUCGAUCGUCUUUCUCCCUACCAGCUUAACUAUUUAAAAGUUAGAUUGAAUUUUUAACUACGUCGCACGUUGGUUUCAGACAUUAAACGGCGCCGAGGGUACCGUUCCACCCGGAAGAGUGUACAAGAAAGUCGCCAUCGUGGAGAACUUCUUCGACAUUAUUCAUGCUGUUCAUGUUGACCUUGAGGGUCGUCCAGGGAAGCAUGCCGGUCAAAAGAGAACGUACAGGACGAUCACGGAAACGUACGCGUUCCUUCCCCGGGAGGCGGUAACGCGAUUUCUUUUGGGCUGCACGGAAUGCCAACGACGGCCGCGCACCCCGAGCCCCACGAAUCUAUCCAAUCAACCGCAGCCGACGUCGGCGACGCCGUUGACGACGAGCACGCUAACGUCGACGGCGACGCCAUUAAGCCCCAACACUCUCACCACCGCGUCAACGACGUCGGUGCAAAGUAGUUCUAAGUUGCGCGAGGGAAAUCACAGCGGCGAGGGCAAGCCUCUGUACAGUUACAGACACCAAAGGCAUCAAAAGGGGAGCAGCAACAGCAACGCCGUUUCGACGUCGUCGACGACAGCGACGACAACGACGACCUCGUCGUCGUCGACAACGACCAGCACGUCGUCGACGCAGGAGAAAGCCGAUAAGGAGAAGGAGGAGAAGUACAAUCCUUUGAGUAUCACAAAUUUGCUGAAGAAAGAGCCGGUAGCCGGCAGCUUUUUGCCAAGCGCGGACAGCCUGCCCGAUUCGAGGAGGACCCCGGAGUCGGACCGGGCGAGCUCGAGAAGUUCAGCCUCGUCCAAGAGGAAAAGGAUGCUGCCAGAGGGUCGAACGCCGUCUCCUCAACCCAGCCAACCGUUGCCAAGGCCGUGGAGCCCUGGACUCGAUCCCAAGAACACGCCCAUCGACUACAGUCUUCCCAUCACUACCUCAUACUCUCCGGCUACCGGGCUGAUCGACACGAAUCUCAAUCUAUUGGCCACCAUUCAACACCUGCACUGCCAAGUGAUGCUGGCCCUGACAGAGAGGCUCAGACCGUCGAUAACCAUGCCAAGCCCGCUGGUUUUGCCCACCGCGGCCAACGUGCUGACCAACGGGAUGAUGAUGGGUUCCGAAGUGUCGGUGCAAACCGGGGAGAACCGCACGUGA